CCCAUCCUCCGCGGAGGCGCACGGGGCCUGGACAUCAACUAGGGCUCCCGGCGGUUACUCUGGUUACUGCCGAAGCGCCGCGCUGGAAGGCUGCCGCCGCCCGCGAGGGAUGCUGCUGAGGAGUCCGUCGGGAGCUCCCGCCGCCGCCGCCGCCUCCUCUGCCCUCUAAGGGUAGCGCUGUGGAAACUGCCGUGCAGCGGCUGGAAGGUUCGGGGGCUGGUUCCUCGGGAGCCGCGGUGAGGUGGAGGUCUCGAGGUAGGGGCUGCGCUUCCCUGCCCUAGAGCCGCAGUCUCCAGUCCGAGGCCAUCUUUGGUGGGCGAAGGCGGCCCCGGCGAGAGAGGAAGCUCACUCCUCACCGCCGCAGCCCUUGCGCUUUCCGAUCCGGCUGGGCCAUCGCUGUCGGACGAGGCGAAGCCGCAUUUUUCCCAGCGCGAGAUAUUUCUUUGAUGUUUCUCCCCCUGUUCCUCUUCUGAAAGGGCACCUGCUGCUGGUGAGAGAGAAGAGCAAUUUUACUGCACGACGAGCCAGCAACAAAAUUUAAAACAUCAUCCGGAAUAGCCCCCAGGACCCUCCUCGCCUUACAAAAAAAAAGGGGGGGGGGUGGGAAAUACAUGGAUUGCUUGAAAGGGGAGAGUCUGGUCGGGAGCUGUUGGAGCAGGAAAUUUUUAAAUACUGUUUUUUAAAUCCUGGAGAACGUUCCCCUCUUCUGAUACUUUUAUACUAACUUUAUAUGAUUUUGUAAAUUAGUCCGAUUUGAAUUGUAAUCCUGUGACGGUGUUUACUGGACUUUGGCCGGUCCCCCGUGCUACUUUUGGCAACACAUUUUGGGGAGAAACACCAAAACCCUACCAGAAAAGAUCGGAUCUGAACAUUGACCCGGUGUCACCGAAGAAGCCUUUAAACCAUGUGGACUUUUCUUGGCAUUGCCACUUUCACCUAUUUUUAUAAGAAAUGCGGAGACUUCGUUUCUCUGGCCAACAAGGAGCUCUUGCUGUGCGUGCUGGUGUUCCUGUCGCUGGGGCUGGUGCUGUCCUAUCGCUGUCGCUACCGGAACGGGGCCCUCCUCGGGCGCCGGCAGAGCGGCUCCCAGUUCGCGGUCUUCUCGGAUAUUCUCUCAGCCUUGCCUUUCAUUGGCUUCUUCUGGGCUAAAUCCCCCCCUGGAUCAGAAAAUAAAGAGCAGCUCGGGUCUAGGAGGUGCAAAAAAGGAACCAGUAUUUCAGAAACAACCUUAAUAGGAGCAACUGCCUCUACGUUGAUAUCUUCUCAAAACGAUCCAGAAAUUAUCAUCGUGGGAUCUGGUGUACUCGGCUCUGCUUUGGCGGCAGUGCUUUCCAGAGAUGGAAGAAAGGUGACAGUAAUUGAGAGAGAUUUAAAAGAGCCCGACAGGAUACUUGGAGAAUUUCUGCAGCCAGGUGGUUAUCAUGUCCUUAAAGACCUGGGUCUUGAAGAUACAGUGGAAGGUAUUGAUGCCCAGGUUGUAAAUGGCUACAUAAUUCAUGAUCAGGAGAGCAAAUCAGAGGUUCAGAUUCCUUUCCCUCUGUCAGAAAACAGUCAUGUGCAGAGUGGAAGAGCUUUCCAUCAUGGAAGGUUCAUCAUGAGUCUCCGGAAAGCAGCUAUGGCAGAGCCCAACACAAAGUUUAUUGAGGGCACUGUGCUGCAGUUACUAGAAGAAGAUGAUGCUGUGAUGGGAGUUCAGUACCGGGAUAAAGAGACUGGAGACAUCAAGGAACUCCAUGCUCCAUUGACCGUUGUUGCAGAUGGACUUUUUUCCAAGUUCAGGAAAAACCUGAUUGCCAAUAAAGUUUCUGUUUCUUCACAUUUUGUUGGCUUCCUUAUGAAGAAUGCACCACAGUUUAAAGCAAAUCAUGCUGAACUUAUUUUAGCUAAUCCGAGUCCAGUUCUCAUCUACCAGAUUUCACCUGAUGAAACUCGAGUACUUGUUGACAUCCGAGGAGAAAUGCCAAGGAAUUUAAGAGAAUACAUGACUGAAAACAUUUACCCACAAUUACCUGAUCACCUGAAAGAACCAUUCCUAGAAGCCACUCAGAAUUCUCGUUUGAGGUCGAUGCCAGCAAGCUUCCUCCCUUCUUCACCAGUAAACAAACAAGGUGUUCUUCUUUUGGGAGAUGCAUAUAACAUGAGGCAUCCUCUUACUGGAGGAGGAAUGACUGUUGUUUUUAAUGAUAUAAAACUAUGGAGAAAAUUGCUGAAGGGUAUCCCUGACCUUUAUGAUGAUGCAGCUGUUUUCCAGGCCAAAAAAUCAUUCUAUUGGACAAGAAAAACGUCUCAUUCCUUUGUUGUGAAUAUCCUUGCUCAGGCUCUUUAUGAAUUAUUUUCUGCCACAGAUGAUUCCCUACAUCAACUAAGAAAAGCGUGUUUUCUUUAUUUCAAACUUGGUGGAGAAUGUGUUGCUGGUCCAGUUGGGCUGCUUUCUGUAUUGUCUCCUAAUCCUCUGGUUUUAAUCGGACACUUCUUUGCCGUUGCAGCCUAUGCCACAUAUUUUUGCUUUAAAUCAGAACCUUGGAUUACAAAACCCCGAGCCAUUUUCAGUAGCGGUGCUGUAUUGUACAGAGCGUGUUCUGUAAUAUUUCCUCUAAUUUACUCAGAAAUGAAGUACUUGGUUCAUUAAGCUUAAAGGGGAACCAUCUGUGAAUGAAUACUGGGAACUUGCCAAGUCUGAAGAGACUUGGAAGAGAUGUACAUAGCACAGUACUAUACCGCUUUCUAAAGUGGGAACUCUUGGACCAAGAUUGGGAUUAAUUUGUUUUUGAAGUUAUUUGUACAUAAACAUGUAAAUAUAUACUUUAAUUUGCAAUUUCAAAUGAAGGGUAAAAUAAGAUAGAUAUGUAACAGAAAUGAUUGUUACCAUAAAUUAGUGCUAACACUGAGGAACUGCAGUUUGUCUUUUGAAUUCAGUAUUUGGGAUGAGUUAUUAUGGGACAUGCAAAUAAAAUGAAGAACGAACUCUCAUGUC